UCAAACCACCCGGGAGAUUGGGGCCUAUCAUACAUCGUCUCUCUAUUCUAUCCGUUGUCUCAGCCAGCGCCUGUCUCAGGUCCCUCGCACUCACUGCAGUCACCGUUGUUGGACCUUGAUGGGUCCCUUUACGCUGCCCAUUAUUGCUGAAGCCUCUUCCAUAGGAUCACCAGAUGCUUGUACCAAGAGGACAUAUAACUCAUUGAUGAGAAAAUCUUUUGCAUCAGUCAGCAUGGGCGAGGAAAAGCCUUUUGAUUUUUUACGCACCUUAUUUGAGGGCUUAGUUGCCGGAGGUACAGCUGGAGUUGUUGUUGAAACAGCUUUAUACCCUAUUGACACUAUAAAGACACGCUUGCAGGCUGCCCGUGGGGGAGAAAAGUUAGUGCUGGAAGGCCUUUAUUCUGGAUUGGCAGGAAAUCUUGCUGGUGUCUUACCGGCGUCUGCUCUGUUUGUUGGAGUCUAUGAACCCGUAAAGCAGACACUGUCAAGGAUAUUGCCAGAAAAUCUUAGUGCUUUUGCUCAUUUUACUGCAGGUGCCAUAGGGGGCAUUGCUGCUUCACUGAUUCGUGUUCCAACUGAGGUUGUUAAGCAACGAAUCCAAACUGGGCAAUUCACUUCACCUGCUAUUGCUGUCCGCUAUAUUGCUUCUGUUGAGGGCAUUAAAGGACUUUAUGCAGGAUAUGGGUCUUUUCUGCUGCGUGAUUUGCCCUUUGAUGCCAUUCAGUUUUGCAUCUAUGAGCAGCUUCGAAUAGGUUAUAUGUUGGUGGCGCGAAGAAAUCUGAACGAUCCGGAAAAUGCCAUUGUUGGUGCUUUUGCUGGUGCACUGACUGGCGCUAUAACUACUCCUCUUGAUGUCAUUAAGACGAGGUUAAUGAUUCAGGGAACUCCAAACCGAUACAAAGGAAUCAUGGAUUGUGUUCAAACUGUCAUCAAGGAAGAGGGACCUCAGGCAUUUUUGAAGGGCAUUGGGCCCAGAGUACUGUGGAUAGGGAUAGGUGGCUCAAUCUUCUUCAGUGUUUUGGAGGGCACAAAGCGUUUUCUAGCGGAGAGGCGUCCUAAUCCGCCGCAGCCACCAAAGCAUGAGUGAGAAUAAAGCUUAUAUCACCGGCAAUCAAGCUACGUCAAUUCCAUGAUAUCUUCUACUACAAUUUCAACCCAAGCUAACCACUUACAUUAUGUGGAGCUGAUUCAGCAUAUACAGAUCUGAGGCUUCCUAAUGUAUCUAGUAAACCAUUUCUCAACACCGGGAAAUCAAUUCCAUCUGUAUAAUUUCGGUGGUCGCGUUAGAUGCCCGGGCACUACUAGUUAUGUUUUGCAAGAUGCAAGUUAUAUGUUUCUCCCAUGAACACCUGCCGAGGAUUCUUAUAUUUGGGCGAAGCAGAUGAGUGUUGGAAUCGAAGUCCGUUGUUUGUUAUUGUUGAUGAGUGAAAAGUAAGUAAGGAUCACUAUAGCUACCAGUUUCAUUUUUCUUUGACAAGGAAAUGAUUUCGUUUGUUUGUACAACGUCAAAGUUUAUUAUCAUGUCAAAUAUAUAUAAUUGCCUAGUUAGCUAGAAAGAAAAGUGUAUACAUGGGUGACUUAUAAUGACAAACAUGUGUAAUAAUAACAAAGACUUUUAAGA